AUGCCCGAAAACACAAAAAUGGCGCAGAGCGCGUCGCCGGUGGCGCGCUCUGGCGGCGGCGACAUCUCCGAGCGGGAGCUUUCGCGCGAACGACAUAACUUAUAUUCCACGCCACCCACGCGCAUGCAGCGCAUGCCUCGCAAGCAGCUGUUCUCAGCGCCGGUGAACAAGUUCACAGCGAAGGGUGCGGGUCCGAACGGCAACUUAGCUCGGCUCCGCACUUGCCUCGACGAGUACACCACGCCGAAACGGCCCAAGAUUGGUCCCAAGGCCGCUUCCAUGGAGGACUUAACUCCCAAUAGAUUGGGCAAACGGGACAGGUUAACAUCCUAUUAAUAUUAUAAAUGCGAAAGUUUAAGAAACAAAAUCCUCCCCGUUGUCCGCUCGCCCGGUAUUCUCAGUGCAACCGAGGAGCGCGCUGCGGCGAAGAUCGCUCGCUUCGUCCUGGUCGCCGCGUGGCGGAGGCGACGCGGUGAGAUACGCUGUUUGCGCAAGACGCUCGAGUUUCAGGUGACGUGUUCAGAGCGUUUGCGCAUCCAAGUGUGCGCACUGAAGUCGCUCCUCGACUCCGACAACGUGAAGGUGCGGCUCGCCAUGAGGGAGAUAGAGAGACUCAAACAGCUGCUGAAGGAUAAGGAUAUAGAGAAGGCCAUUUUGGAAAAAGAAAAAACUGCUUUAGAGCAAGACGUUUGUGCCGUUGAAGAUCGUUUGUCAGAAUUAAGCAUUGGGUGGCGCAACACCCGCAACGAGCUGGAGGGCGCGCGCGCGGCGGCCGCCGCGGCCGAGCGCGCGCUGCUCGCCGAGCGCGCCGCGCUGCGCGACGCGCGCGCGCAGCGGGACCACGCCUACAGACGGAUAUCCAUCCUGGAGGAUGACCUGACGCAGCACGAGUCGCUGGUGUCGGGCGCGGAGCAGGAGGCGGGCGCGCUGCGGCGCGCCGCCGCCGACACGAGCGCGCUGCUGGAGGCCGCGCAGCUGCGCUUGCAGAACGAGAUCCUGGCGCGUGAACAUUACGCAGCCGAGUGCGCAUUACUCAAAGAGAGCGCUUCGCUCGCGUCGCGCGAGAACGAAUCGCUCGGAGCGGAGCUGAGCGAGGUGCGCGCGCAUCUCGCUUCGCUUGAGCGAGAGCUGCGAGUCACCAAGGAGCAGCUGGAAUGGUGGCCGAAACCGCUCACUAAAAUGCUCGGAGCGGCGCGGUGCUGGCUGCGGCGGCCGCUCUCGCUGUCCGAGGCCUUGCUUUGGUCGCUCGUGCCCGCCCGACACGGCUGCUGAGGCACAACACUAGCAUGCGUAGUCAACACACUCCUUUCACACACAUAUACACACACCCACAGGCACAAACCAUACAUACACACACGCACACAUGCUCAUAUAAGUGCAUGAACGCAGACCUAUGUAUACAUACAUGUGCACUCUCAUAUGCACAUUUCACGUAAACGAUUCCUUCAACUUACAGUGGCGAAUCGUUAUUUCUUUGUGCUUUAAAAAAUAGUCAUAGAAAAAAAGGUUGGUAAAG